AUGGCUUGUGUUAAUGUCUUGCUUUCCUGUGGAAAUGAUGACAAGGCAUUGAAGCUUGACAGGGAAAGUACCUUUGAGGAAUUUAGAGCACAAGUGAAGUCUUUGUUUCCACAUUUGCCAGAGGUCAGUAGAGGGUAACUUGACCUUAAACCAUUUCACAAGCAUCAGAAUGAUAAAGGCCAGAAAGUAGGGAGAGCUCUGCCCCUUGUGUAAGAAAAUCUGGGGACACACUCUCUACAGGUAUUUGGCUGAAAAUAUCACUAGCACAGCAUGGAAUUGGUUUCAUUGGCAAACUUUUAAGUCUUGGGAUCUUUUACAAUCAUUUUUUUUUUAUUAUUAUUAACCUUAUAAAUUGAUUUGACAUUACAGCAGUGGGACUUUUCCUUGAACCUUUACUUACACUGUAGUUAAUUGGAUUGUCACAAUUGAGACUGAAAUAUACAAUUCUGACAAUUUCAAGUUUGAAAAGGAACUAGCUUGAGGACAUUUUGAAAAAUUUUAGUGGAUGGAGGGUGCAGUUUCAUGUGCACAUAAAACACAACAGAGGCACUGUUGCCUUCAAUUGUUUUAACCCUAUAUUCAUGCUAUAGGUCAAAUUAUUGGCCAGAUUAAAUUAUAUCCAACCAAUGUGAAUAAACUGAAUUUUAACUAACAUUUAUUCAUCAACUGGAAGACAAUUUCAAAGCAUCCAACCUCAGAGUAGAUGUAUUAGAAAUGAAUUCAAAUCAUGUUAAGGUAAGGGUGAAUUAGAUUUAUUUUAACCCUUAACUCCCAAUAUCUAAUUGUUAUUUCUCCCUUUUAGCUGCUACACAUUUCCAUGUGAAUUGGCCAUGAGAAUUUGGUAUUAAAUCAAGAUAACAACCCCUACCUCUAGUGAUAAAUUUGAGUAUUCUCAUUACCUGAUAAUGUAUGGAUAAUAAAGAGAGAAGUUACAUGAUAAUCACUUCUGAGAGUUUAAGGGUUGAUGAAAGGUAGAAGCAGAUAUGCUUAAAAUUUUGCCUACGGCAUUUUGUUUCCUGUACACCUCUGUAAUGUGAUUUUCUUUUUGCAGCACUUUACAAUCAGUGAUGGAGACUUCAAUGAGCUAGACUCUGGAAAUUUUCAUAAUGUUAAAAACAGUAGGCUGGAAACAUGGUGUCUGGUAAGGAUAGAUAUGUUCUUCCGAUGAAGAGUUAAAUAAAAGUAUUCAGGCAGGCAGUUAAUGAACAGUUUUCUGAGAUGGCAACAACAGAUAGUUGUAAAACUUUCCCACACAUUUUUCUCGUAGGUUUUGGAGAGUGUGGCCAGUUAAUAUUAAACUUUCCACUAAGAGAGUUAUUUCAUAAUUUGAUAAUUAAGUUAUAUUUUUUCAGCUCUUAAAUAUAAACAAUCACCUGCUCUCUACCUAGUAUCAGAGUUGGGAAAUGUUUACUGUUUUUAAGUUGCACCAUAUUUCAUUUGUCAGGUGCGUAGCUCCAAAGAUGAAGCAUUCAUACUGGACAAACCACACUCUGAACUGAUGCGAUAUGAUGUGCAUCCCAAUGCUCUCACUCAGAGUGGGAAUUACCAUUUCAGUGGUAAGAAGAACAUUUAAGAAAUGCAUGUAUGGCUACUGAAGAGUAUUUUGAAAGAUUGGUCCAAUCAUAGUUUACUGAGCAGGCACCUCUGCCUAGCAAACUAAGUUCUCUGCAUGGGACUUCAAGCUCAACUCUGUUAUUCAAGCUGCCAGUUGGCAAUUUAACAUCAUAAAAUGGUCCCUGGAAAUAAAGUUUUGGUCUUCGCAAAAAUGAAGACAGUGUAUGACUUACCAACAAAACUUCUGACCACACUGGUUGACUGUGGAGAUUUGCUUAACAUCUCACUGCAUAACACUCUAACUGAUAAUUUAGAAGAAAGGGGCAGAGUUGAACGGAGGAAAAUAGCCAAACAUGGGCAGUUUUUGGUGAAAAUUAUUUUCUCACUCUGACUUUAGACCAUAAAAGCUAAGCUUUAAAAAGGUUUGGACUUGGGGACCUUUGAGAACAGGUUGCCAAAAUGGCAACUUGCACUGCAGAUUUGGCUGUCAAAAUUUUUCUUGUCACCAUGGCAAUAAAAGCUGUAACAGCCUAGAACAUCGCUUUACUAGCUGUUGGCAUCAUACAAUUGUGACGAAGCAGAUUCAUAUCCCCUUCUUUAGACAUACACUCAAGAAACACCGUUAAAAAGUAGAUGUUAAAGUGUAUAUGUAGCACACCAUUAUUUAAGGUUUCGUUUUCCUUUCUACAGCCAGCUACCAAGCCUUUUGUGAAUUUAUUGACAACAGCAUCCAGGCAACAAGUACUAACAACUGCAAGGACAUGGAGAGAACAGUAGAUAUUCAUAUCUUCCUUAAAGAUGUGAGUAAGAUUAUACCUUUAUAAUCCUUUGACUCCUAAAAAUGACAACACUUAAUUUCUCCUUACAAUUUCACCCCUAAAUCAAACAUGAAGGUCAUGAGAAUGAAGAAAAUAACCGCCAAGAAAAGAAGCUCUUGAUUGUUAAACAAAUUCUCCUCAUCAGCCCCCUAGGAAAUUUAUAGAGAACAGUAUGAAGAAUACGUAUACUGAUGUUAAGGUGUAAAGGGUUAAUUUGUGAAAAAUCUUGUGGAUGUUCCUUCAAAUUGGACCUCUUAAUUGCAAGUUUUUGCCCUUGAUCUAGAAACUAGUCGCCAUAUUUGACAAUGGAGAGGGUAUGACAUAUGAGGGUCUGAAAGCAUUUGCGACCUAUUUCCUGUCACAAGCUGAUCGUGGCCUUGAAAAUGAGGAAGUGGACCUUAUUCCUGCCUAUUUGGAUGGCUGUAUUUCCAAGUUUGGCGUGGGUGCAACACAAGCAGUGAGUAGUGAAUUGUUUACACCUUUGUUUGUGAGCUGAUGAUGGUGGUGUUCAUAAGGAGUAAAUUUUCUACCAAGAGGGAAGCCAUGGUGCUGACAUUUACAAUUUUUCCUUGCUGUUGAUGCUUUUCGAGAUUUUCUUUUUUGUUUUGUAACAUGUGUUAUUUGGAAUGAUUUGCUUGGUAGGGUUUCUACCUUGGCGAUCGCAUCAAAGUUAUCACCAAGAGAGAGGAAUGUCCAUAUGUUACGGAAAUCUCUAUAUCUAAGGUAAUGAUUAAAAAUUUUCUGGUUCUGGUCAAUAAAAGCUCUAGGUCAAAGCUCAAGAUGGAAAACGUCGAAAUAUUCAGAUAAAUUUUUCUCUGAGUGUCAUGCAAGUAUAACCGAGUAUAAUUUCCGCAUCUGAUUAGGAAAAGCUCCAACAGCGAGCGAAAGAAGGCAAGCCUGUGUUUGAGGACUACCGAUGGAUCAGAAAUCCGAGCGACACCUCCACUUUGGAGCCUGGGGAGGAGGAAAGAUGUCUUAAGAAUAUUGUGAGAAAAACUUGAUUUACUAGAACAUUACACAAACUAUGUGUUAUAAAGCUAGCUUUGGGUGAAGAUGGCUGAAUAGUGGUCGGGUUUUUUAAAGAUUUACUUUAGAUCUGGACAAAACGAUUUUGGACACUUGAUGGUAUCCCUAGCUUGGGAGUAGGCCCUCAUUCAUAAGGGCUUCGAUGCGAGCGUGUUUUCGUCCGCGGGAAAGUAUGAGGCCUCGAGAGGCGGCGAGAGGUUUGGAAGGGGACUAGUACUUAUUAAUAUUAGUGCCAGACCCCCAGCUCGCCUCAAAUCUUUCCGGGGACGGAGAAACGUGAUUGAUAAGAAUUCUGGAAACACCAACACUCGUGAGUACCAUUGAAAUCAAACUGACGUAUGCGUUUUCUUCUCAGAUUGAGAGAGAGGCUGCAUAUUCCCAGUUUACCAUGAUCAUCAUCACUGGCAUUCGGGACAUUCAUAUCAAUUCUAUCAGGGAAGAUGAUGGGAGUAGUUUGGCUAGGAAUCUUGCGCAUGUCUAUCACUUCUAUUUGUUUGGCGAAAGAGGCCGGUCGGGAAACAUGAGACUUCCGUCCUUGGCUAACUCGAGGAUCCCUGUAAGUCUGCGACUUUGAUACGCUAAGCUGCCUCUACAUUGCCUUGACACGCUUUCUGUGGACUUGACAAGUUUUCCGUCGGAAUGUAAAAGGAAAAAAUGACCAAGAUUUUUUUGAAAGAUUAAUUUUUUUCCAAAAUGUUGUUGUCAGGUAACUUGCGAUGGACUGGGUACUGGCAACGCUCUAUGUCACUUCGGGUUCUUGAAACCGGGAUAAGUUUCGGCCGAGUUUGUUCUUGGUUUCGAGUUUAGAUACCACCUUUUACGUUUUGCACUUAUCUACAAAGAACCAAAAACAAACUGCAAAUCGUUCAGUUUAAGAAAGACCAAACGUCAUUUGAAGAAGUCAGUGAAGUUGGUAAAUUAUACUGAGCACGUUACCGAUGGAAGUUUUAGUUUCUCUAAGCUUAAUGUAUCACAGGCUUCUCGGGAAAUUUAAAGGCACCCGUAUCAAAUAUUGUACUUUGUCGUGUUUAGGGAAGUUGCUCAUUUUUUUUUUUUUUUUGGUAAUAAUUUUUGUCUCUUUUGCUUUCCAGGUGGAGUUUGGAAUGAGUUCUUUUCUAAAGGUAGACAUUAGUCUGGUGAUUGAUGACGGUAAAAACGCCAACCAAAAGAUAUUUUUUAAUCUUCGAGAAAUUGAGGAUGAUCUAGAAAGUUUGUACCAGACAAGAGCAAAGGAAUGGUUUCCGUUUUCGCUGACCAUGAAGGUUCCCGGUCUGGAUCCGCAUCAAACUGUUCAGGUAGGCAAUGCGGUCCUCAAUUAAAAAAGAGAAACUUUGGGAGACGUCUUACUUGGAUUAUUGGUUUGUGCGGUAGACUGUGUUUUCCGGCCUUUACCUGGUUAUCCUGAUUCUCUCUUGUGCGUGACACUGUCCUCUGACAUUGCCUUCUUACACCAAGGAGUUAAAAUGGGGACCAGUAACCGAGCAGGGAAACUUAGUGUAGCCUUCGGUAGAGAAUUAUUUUUUAAGCCCGAAUCGAAUCGUCGUAUCUUAAAUUUCAACACGAUUCUAGAUCUCAGUGUCCUCCUUGGAAUCUUCCGUAACCUUAGGGACGUAGCAAUAGCGUGACGCGAUCACAAAUUCUCCUUUGAACCUAAGAAAAAGUGUAAUUCGAGGAAAAACUAGCUUUUAAACGCCGAGGUUUGACCUUGUUCGAAAGAGCAAAACACAUGACCCGCAAAUGACAGUUGACUCCUAUUCCGAGAAAAAGUGUCGCCUAUUUUAGUCGCGCUGUGUCUUUUACUUUUUCAGGGAGUGCUGAUGUACUUUCCCCAUGAAGGCGGACACGAGACUCUCCCCCGGCCAGAUGAUAUUGAAGAUGAUGCACAAGAGCCGAUUUUUGAGUGUUUCUGGCAAGGCAGACUGGCUCCUUUAUCUUAUGUUCACAAGUAAGCUGGAAAUAUGUCAUUCUAAUCUAAAAAAUAAUUUUGAUAUUAAUGACGAUUCCCCUCUGACCUACUCGCACGAGCGCGAAGUCUCGCGUGUGGAGAAGGACAAACACGCUCUCUCCGCGUUUCAGAUUUUCAAACCUUCUCGCUCACCGACUCCUGUGCUGUGCAGAAAGUGCGAAAAGGGCUGUUCAACGUUAUAUAUGUUAAUUCAGAAACUGGCCACUAAUUGAAUAAAAUGACAAAAAAACUAGUAUAAUCAGCAAAAAGGCACGACUGGACAAAAUUGAAGAAGGCCCCAACGGAUUGUAGUUUUUAAAAAUCAUCUAGGCGAACAGUUUCUCAAAUUUUAUCUUCGUCAGGGACGGAACAAUCCUUGCCAGAAAAAUAUGGUUGACUAGAGCUAGUAUUAACUGAGGUAAUUGCAGAAGUAGAACAUAGGUAAAAAGGAUUAAGGCAUCGGCAGCUUGAUUUUAUACUCUUGAAUAAUUGUGGGGCGCAACUACUAACAGUGUUACGAAGCUAAACGAUGGGUGCGAUUCAGAAGUUAGUUUUGUUUUAACUUUUUUCCUUUCACAGAAUGGAAUUUUGCACGUCACCAGCGCAGCGAUCCAAAAGGCAGAAAGACGUGGUGCCGGACAGCUGUUAUCGCAGGCUCAAGGGAAUCUUGUUCUUUAACAGGCAUACGCCUGUGUCAAACAACAAGUUAAAAAUCCUGUUGGACGAGAGGAAGGAUUUGUCCAGCGCGCUAGAAGACGCUUCAACGGAGAGAAGACUUCCUCAGGAGUUUAGAUCUUGGCUUGAAAAAUGCCAUCGAGAACUGGACAAAGAGGUGAGGCAGAAACUGCAAAGGUAAGGCAACGAUUUUCAAGCAGAGCUGGACAUUUUUCGUCACAGUAUCGCGUUCUCAAACGUAGACGCUAUCAAGUGGUAUAGCUCAUGACGUUGGAUGUUGCAUUUUGACCAAAUGGUUCAAAUCAUAAGGAGUAUUCAUUAACCCUUUAACUCACAAGAUUUGACUGUCCAUCCUCUAAUCUAGCCGCUACAUAUUUCCUUGUAAAUUAGUCACAAGAAUGUUAGAUCAAGACAGUUUCCGCUUGAUAAGUUUGAGUAUUCUCAUUACCUGUUUGCAGGAUUAUGUUUUGAUAUAUUAUAGGGAGAAGUUACAUGAUCAUGUCUUUCUUAGGUCAGCUUUGAUACUCCGCUUCCAGCCUCUCAGCAGCUGAAGAAUGGUGAUGUGGCACAUAGCGUGUUGCGCGUAACCACUAGCUCGGGAGUUCAAGUCUACAAAGUGAAUGACAUUGUCAAACUGGACACUAAACCCAUCAUUUAUGGCAAAGUGUUGCACUUCGUUAAAGUCGCGAAGACAAAUGAAGUUGACAAAGUUGUCGUGGAGAGACAACCGGAGGAGGUUAGUAGAUGCCAAAGAAUUAAAUUCGUAUUUUCAUUGAAAUUUUUCGCGUGGUUCUGUCACAGCGCUUUGGAUGACAGGGCCACAGUGGUCAUUUUGUUUUAUAAAAUAAUUCAAAUAGUACGCGCGCUCUGAUUGGCCAUAAAACCAUUUUACAUGAGCGUAUGUAAACACGGUUUUUGUUCCUCUUGCAUUAGUUAUUUUAUAAAAGAAAUGUAAAAUGGUUUCCGUGUUUACAUAGCCUAAUGUAAACACGCGGGAGGUUGGGAGAACACGAGAUAAGCGUAGGAAACCACGACGCGAAGCGGAGUGGUUUCCAGCUUAUCGAGUGAUCACGUCCAUAAUGAACUUUUCCCAAGCCACUGGGAGUGAGCGUGAGACCGCUGACCUCGAGCACUCCGUCGUUGUUCGGCUUGUAUUUGUGUUUACAUCAGGCUAUGUAAACACGAAAACCAUUUUACAUUUCUUCAGUCUCGUUUAGCUUUUCAAGUAUUACGUGACUUCUUACGUGGCAUCUUGGUAAUGCAUUGGAGUGCGUUACCUGUACUAGGGGAAUGUUUGUUACAGCGAAAGAGGUCUUUUGCAGAAAAUUCCCCUAAAGUUAACUUGAGUUUGUAUCCUUUUGAAACACGAGCUGUGAGAUAAGUACAUGAUAUUUGUAUAACGUAGUAUUACAUGCAGAAAAUGUCUUAAUCCUAGAUGUAAACUCACUUGUUUAUGUUACAAUUUAACCCAAAAUAUUUUUCUUUAGGUUUAUCAGCAUCAACUGGAAGAGAAACCAAUUUCUAGAAUUAUAGAAAUUCCCGAUCAAAAUACGCUGAGGAAGGUUUUUAGCCAAGAAAAGCAAGCACUUCCUAAGACAGGUAAUAUGUAUUGUGUGUGAACGGUGCGUGUUUUUGUGUCACUUCACGCCUUUGUUUAUCUCUUUGAGUAAUAACGUAACAUGUGACCUAAAACAGCUUCACGCAACGUCUCGUCACUCUUUGUCGGACGCAGUGGUAAGAGCGCCCGCCUCCUACCGUUGUGGCUUGGGUUCGAUUUUGAAACCCUGCGGCUCUCUACAAGUGUUAAUCUCGUAGUUCCCAACUUUUCUCCCUGGUUAUAUUUCAAUUAGAUCCGCAAAAAUUAGACAGAUGGUCACCUUAGGAAGGACCACUGUUAAAUUCUAAUGUUGUUUAGUUUAAUCUGGACACUAACUUACGUGUAAAAUUAUCUUCGAUUCCUAGUAAAAGUAUACGAAGACAACCUGAUCAACGAAAUUUCACCAAGAACAACAUUAGAGUGGUUAGCUGGUGAAACUGAAGAGGGUUUCAAUGGUUUCUGGGUAAAAAUCUUUAAUGGCGAACGACCUCAGAAACCUCUCGUCAGCUUACACAACAAGAAACUGUGCAUUCGUCAGGUAAUUGAGGGACCUGAGAACAUGGCACCUGUUCAGAACGAUCAACCGCACGACGGAGAAAAGUUUGGCUUCAAACCGUUUUGGUUGUCUGUGGCUGGAAGGUACUCUCUCAAGUACGUUGCCAUGCUAGGAGACAGAGAAAUGACUUCCAUGCAGUUUGAGAUCAACGUGAAAGGUAAGAGACUGCUUCUUAAAACUGUAAAUGUAAGUUAUGUUAUAGGUUAAACCAAAGUUAUCGCAGUAGCUAAUUAGAGAGGGAAAAAAAAUACCCGAAAGAGCUAAUGUAAAAGUAAAAAUAAGCAGUUUGCCUAAAGCUCGGGAAAGCUCGGGAGAGCUCGGGAAGCUCGGAACCAAACCACAAUUGGUUUUCAAUUUUGAAUCUGAGUGUUAGAGAAAGUGGCGCGCGUUUAAUGGAGUAAUUACAGAGCGAGGUUGAUUGAAACCAAUGCAACUCCGGAUUAAUUUCGACACUCAGUUGAUUAUUACUCACAGGAAAAUUUAACGAGUUAAGUAUGGAGGGAGAGGGGAAAUAGAAUCGUUGAUGAAUUAGCAUCUCGUCCAGGAGAAGAAGUAAUAUUUCUGUUGCCUUCCUGUUGUGAUAAGUGAGAUAUUUUCCAGCAGCACUCAGCCUCUUCUCUCAUUCAACCUUUAUAGCAUUUCUUUGUUCUUGCUGUAUCCCACUCAAGGUGAGUCAAGGCCGAAGGAUGAAACGUACUUCGUUAUUUUUGCCUCUUUGCAGCUAAUAUCGCAUCCUACUUCAAGGUGACGGAACCGUCAAGCAAUGAAACUCCACAGCUCACCCUGGGAGAGCCAGAGCUUAAGUUCAAACUCUCGUUUGUCGACAGCAAGAAUAACGCUGCUACUAGGUUCAGUUCAGGAGAAUUUGUCAAAUUAGUGGUGUCGUGCCCAAAUAUGGAAGUGCAAGGUGUCAAAGACAAAUACAAGCCGAACAACGACGGAGUGCUUGAGGUCAGCGGUCUCACGCUCACUCCCAGUGGCUUGGGAAAAGUUCAUUAUGGACGCGAUCAACUUAUCAAAGUAGAUGUCACAGGAAUAGACUUCGUUACGUUUCCAGUUCGAAUAAAGGCGGGUUAGUGGUGGAAAAAUUGUUGUUUUUUUAUGGUUCUUAUUUUGCUUAAGCGCUAGACACACAGAAGUAGUAACAGAGUUAAUCGUUGUAAAAUUUCGUUUAAAAAACCAUGAAGAUUCCAUAUUCUUGUUUCCAGACAUUCUUAAAUGACGUUUUUUUUUGUCAUAGAGAACCAUUACCGGUGUUUGUGAACAGAUUUUAGGUCUUUUACACAAAGUAGCCAGUGGUUUGAUAUUUCAAUAAUGUAGGGGGAAGUCUUGGAAACUUGUCUUGGAUAUUCACAUUAACUUGAAGUUGUUCUUUGCAGCAGACUGCGCUAUUGAGAAAGUACCUCAAAAAAAUCCUGUUUUAACUCCAAACAAACUCAUUACUGUAAGCGGUCAGCUUCAGUGACGGAGUCCACUAUAAGUGUGACAGAGUGUAUUGGAGUUUUAACAGAACUCCGUUUUCAAUCAACAACGAUAAGUCGCACUUUUCAAGUUAAUCGCGUUUAGUCGCAGGAUUGUAACUUCGAUACCCCUCCCCUAACCAAACUUUAACCCUGGCUUGUUAUUGGCUGGCUGUUGUUGGGUUAGUGGAGGGGUAGGCGCGCAGUUUCUCAGAUACUGAUAUUCACCCGUUACCUCUUAGUGAUUUUGUAUUUCUAUUUUCCAAUAUCAGGUCAACCACAAAGUGUUAAACUUCCUCAGUUCGAAACGACAGAAGUUGCAAACUACGACGAAUUUCCAGAGUUUGUUCUUCAAGUACUGGAUCAGUGGAAUCAACCUUGCUCCGUGAGCGACAAGAGAAUGAAACUCCAUGCAGAUUGCGAGGCAUUCGUUGGGGGCCCACAUCUCGCAAACAUAGAGCACGGUCAGGGUAGAUUCUCUGCUGUUAAAGUCAAACUCCCCCCUGGCAAAGCACCAUGUACUGUUAAAGUUAAAAUAUCACUUGUCACUGUGGAAAGCAACAGGCGUAAACUCACUGUGAGCGAAGUUUUGAAGGAAUUAAAACAGUUUAACAUAAAAGUUCUUCCGAGCACUUUGCCACAUAGAGUGUUAGUCUGCGAAGGAAACCAAAAUGGAUUAACAGUUACCAAUGGAGUGGAACCUAGGGAGAGGCGAGACUGUUUAGAGUUAACGGUUCCUGCGGGGUCCAUCAUCAAGGGACUGUUCUUGAAAGUGUUCGAUGAAAGUGGGAAACUGCUGGAUUCUGAGGGCUUGAAAUAUUUGGAUCUCAGAGUAACCACAACGUGGAGCGGGGAGGUAAGAUAGGAGUGCUAUUUGGAAAACGUUACUUACACACAGUUGUGAAGAGCAGGUUUCAGUGGAGUAUCCAAGUAAUCACAACGACCAACCAAAGCAAAAUUCAACAUCAUUAUGAGCCAAUGAGAAGUUAAACUACGAAAGGCAAACUGCUUGAAGCGCGGAAAAAACACGAAUAAACAAAUUGCGAUAGGUUUCAGUUUUGCAUCUGUUUGGUUGAGAAGGUGAUGGGAGUCUUUUUUAGGCCAUUCACAGAGCGAAGUGAAGCAAAGCCAACUCAGUCUAGGAUAACUUUUAAUCUCAAUUGAAAACUACUGCAAAGGUUGUUUAUUUGCUAUCCAUGUAAAUCGUCUGAAUCAUUAUUUUCCCUUAAUUUUCCUAUUUUUAAUAUUUGUCUUCCUUAAUGGCCUACCGUGUGACAUGAAAAUUUUUCGGAUUGGCAAUUUUUUGUAUGUUUUGGGGAAAUUUUUUGUUUCGACUUUUUGCUUGUGGAAAGGUAUUUUUUUCGGGAAUCAAUGACAUUAUGGAAUUUUCCCCAAAUUCGAAGCGAGAUGAACUCGUGGACAUACUGUGCCGCAUAAACGUGAACUUAGAAGAUAAAGUUUUUUUACCAUAAGCCAAUGAUUCCUCGAUUCCAAGAAACAGAAAUAAGCCGUCAGCCCCACAUAAGUUCUCAUGCUCUCCCCAGACUCCUAAAGCCGGACUAACGCGGCGAAAUUUGCUCAUCGAAUCCCCGCAUAAAUCGUUCCUAUGUUUCCUACAUACACUAGUAAAAUGUUUUUGUAAGGUUUUUUGUUGGAUUUAACGAAAAGUUUCAACUAGCCAGAGAGCCCUUGUUAGUGCUUCAGAACUUUAUUAAUCCAAGUUAUUUGUUGUGUACUUCCAAGGUACCGAACAAGAAUCUUCCGUACUUGCCUGACUGUCCUGCAUCCAAUAGCGCCAACAAUGCCUAUGUGCAUAACGUCGAGUGCGUGUGUAGCGAAGUUAGAUGUCGAACGCAGAUCAGGAUCAAGGCUCUAGCGGGUGAGUUGACCUAUAAUGUGUAGGAAAGGCAAACAGUUGGGCUCCGUUACCUCAAAUUGUGUAGCCCUACGUGAUGUAGCUAGAGGCGGUGGUGCGUGAGAGAGGGGGUUUAAUGGUUUUUGUUGGUUUUGCCAUUUUCAGCCUUUGUUCGCCAGUUCAACAUUCAAUUUAAAAACAAAUCGCCGAUGAUGUUGAUGAUACUACUUGUCAUGAUUAUGAUAAUUGUCAUAACAAAAAGUAAUUUGUAAACGCCCCGUUAUUUUGAACUUGCCGUUAAAUUCCCUCAUCCUGUGUCCAUUUAAAUACUUAGCUUUCCCAAGACAUACUCCGGAUGUAUUGAGCUACCCCACCCCUACUCCUGCCAUCCCUAGCUGCCUUCACAUCCCGGUCGUGUUUGGGAUGUGACGGGAGUCCGAGAUCGAAAAUGUCGGGUUCGACUUCUCCUUUGAAUUUUUCUAUGCCCGACGCUCGCCAGAACUUCCCCCAUAAAUCGGGCACAAGAGAGAUGAUUCUUCAGUUGAUUACUCUCCGUUUUCUAGUCUUGUUUCGUUUGUAUUAGGUCACUUAAUUUAGUUUAUUAUGUAUCUUGAAUUAGGCGAGCCACAGAAAUGGUUGUUCUGUUGUGAAACAAAUUCGUUGGAGAUUGAGUGCGACAGCAAGAAACAGCUGAGCCAGAAGUUGAAAAUACAGCUUAAGGAUAAUCUGGGCAACUCUGCUGAAUGUCCCCCGGAUGUGGAACCGUUGGUGUCUGUUGAACAUUCGCCAACCAGAAGGUGAACCAUCGUAUUUGCUUGUAAUCUCGUCCGAGUCUGCUUUACUUUUAAUAAGUGAUCAGUCAUAGGGGGAGGGGUAGGGAUGAAGGAUUUGGGGUGCGUCACUUUAAAAUUUACCUGAUUUCCCCCCACAGACUCUUAAGUGUUCUGAUGAAACCCCCUCAUUGUCAGUCGAUUUCCUGUAAACCCCCUCUAUAGCCUGUUAGCGACGACUGAUUCCCUCCUGGAAACCAUCCUCCCACCAGGUGAUACAUUAUGACUGGACUCUAACGUCGUCGCAGUAACGUCUUCUCUCCCUGCUUGGUGGAACUGCUAAGAUUCUAUAAGAUUCUAGUGCUGUCGUUUGUCUCACGAUUUAGUCACUUCCGAUGUGGAUCGCGAGGAUUCGACUGCAGCAAUGCGUGACAAGUUGCACGGGUAAAAUGAGAUAUUACCCCAACAACAGAAACAGUGGAAUAAAUAUCCCGGAAGCAUGGAUCUCUAUGACCUAGAAACACCUGAAUGGGAGAGCUACACCAAUGAAGGAACACAAAAUCGUGAUGAGCCAAUUACAACAGCUCAAAACCAGCCAAUCACAGCGGAGCAUAAUGCUUCGCCAGUUGACGAGUGAAUAGUCGACCUCUUUGGCCGAAAAAGCCGAUUUGCAUUCAGAAGAAACGUCGCUAUCUUCAUCGGGAGCGACUUAACCUGGAGGCAAACGAUUACACUUAAGUGUGAUCGUAGUAUUUCACUUCGAUUAAUUACCCACAACCUUUUUUAACUAUUGGUCAUUUUGUUUUCCUUCUUUUAAUUUAGUGGAGGCACUGCUAUUUUCAUUGGAAACCUGAUCUUGAAGGGAACGGAAUUUGUGUUCAACAACGACGCGACAAUUUCAGGCCAGCACGGUGUUGUAACGAUGUGUGUGAGUGACAAGAAUGGGAGGUUCACUAGGGAUACUCAGAGAAUCAAUCUCAAACCAGGUGAGAGGAGAUGUGAGUUAAAGAAAAGUGACAAAAAGGGGUUCGAAGGAAUACGAACUAAGAGUUCCUUGACUAAGAGGUGGAAGAAAGAAAGCAGAAGUGAGACGUGCCAUUGGUGAAUUCGGCUUGAAUUUGUAUAUACCAAAAUAACAGCCGAGUUCUUCUCUUAAUGAUGAAUUCAUAAAAGUAAAUCUUCAAAUUUUCAUGAGAAUCAGAAUCAAACUCUUGAAAAUAUGGGAUUCAAACUUGUCUUUCUUAGGAUUAAGUAUGGCUACAACCGCAACUUCCCUCCCUAGCCAAGAUAUUCCACCUACCCUCAGCAAAGAUAUUUCCUUUUAAAAACUUUGGGGAUUUGGGUGUUCAAUGAACUCGUUAUGAUUCAUGGAUUUCGGAUGUGGCUUUUUAAGAAGAAUUUUAAAAAAUGAUGCCUAUGUAACUGCAGUGACUAUUCGGCGAAGUAUUUCAGUUUUUCUACUGAUUAGCCUGGUUUUGGCUGUCGUGUUAAAAAUGGUUUUAGCUGCAUAUCCCUUAUUUGUCGUCAUGCUAUUUCAGGUGCUGCACAUCACAUUGAGUUGAAAAGCCAAGCGUUUGAUGAUCCCUCGCAGAAACACGAGCACACAGCCAAGCUUUUCUCAAACUGCUUCUUCAACGCUCCUAUCCACGCCUUCGUUUGCGACAGGUCAGGGAACAAGACAACCAUCCGUACGACACUGAACUUGUCCUGGGUUCCAGCCUCUUGUGGAGUUCUUUUGCAGAAGAAAACUCAAAGGGGUGAGGCGGUGUUUGAAGCGAAUACACUGAAAUGUGGCAGCCGAACUGGUGACCAACAGGUUAAACUGAAAGUGUCCAGUCCAGAUCACAAGAACUUAGGGGUAAGAGUUUCAGCGUGAACUAAAGUAUAUUGAUUUCUGACACUAACAUUAAUGGCAGCCCGUCUCUUUAAGGACUAAUCGUUAAUGCUUGCCCUAUCAGAAAUAUUGAAUCCCUAAACAGAGUUAAGAAAGCUAUUAAGGCUUUUUUCUUUGCCAAAGUUUUAAAUCAUUUGCAUGCAUAUUUUAUGUUUCUAUAUUUCUUAGCUAGCAAUUUUUUUAAUUUUUAGCGUUAAUAUCUAGGUGUAGCUGAAUUUUUAGCAUUAUAAUGCGUAAUUGAAAAUUUUUUCAUCUGAUAAUUGUGCAAUUUAAGGCAAGAAAUUAUUGUAAUCCUUCUUUCUCUUCAACAAAAUCUUCCCUAAUUUCGAUUUAUGUAAGUAUUUUUGAAUUUGUUCAUUUAAUUUUUCGCUCGUUCCCUCUUUCUUUCUUUCAUCGACCUAUUCCUCCUUUUCGUGUUUUGAAGCAUUCAUUGUUUAAUUUUGCAGGUUGCAACUGUUACAGCGACUUUGGAAAAAAGUAAUCGAGUGAAAGCUGUUGUGGUCCAGGUAAUCGCUGAUCAAGAACUGCAGGCCACAGGGUGUUAUCCAGUUUUAAAGGUAUGCACUUCAUGUUUUGUUAGCUUGUUUGGUGUCAACAGAAUAGAGCAAUUUUUCAAUUAGUUUGUUUAGCUUUAUUGUUCCGUAUGAUUGGUCGGGCAAACUCGAGCGAUCCUCUUGACCAAAGCAAUGCAAAGCUGCAACUAGUCGCGACUUGGCCACCCGCGUUUUUCCCGCUCUUUUGGAAGUAUGCCUGUUUAUAAUUUGAGUUCUUAUUAGUUGAUGUCGAUUCCUCGUUUCUAUGAAGGUCGAUUGCCAAACAGAUGAUGGAGUUCGAGUAGAUGCGGUUAACCAUCUCAACCUCGAAAUUACUCGUCCAAACGGCAGCAAUGUAUCGUCUGUCUACCGGAAGCCCACACAGGACAGGACAGGCACGAUCACCUUUCAAUCAAUCGCAAACCGUUAUUUGGAGGAGGCGGGGCGGUGGUCAAUCAUCUGUCAGUUUACCGAGCACAGAGAUAGGCUUAAAUCCGUGCUGUCGCCGGCUGACCACGUGAUUAGGAGUAAUCCAGUUUAUUUUGUGGUACAGCCAGGUACGAGCAUCGCGAUUGCACCGAUUUUAUUUCAGAUUUAUGAUAUAUGUUGCAUUUUUUUGGUCGACAUUUUUGGCCUUAACAAAGCUGGUUGAAUAAAAUCAAUAGUGACUUUCUCUGUACCUGUUUCUAGGCCCUGCUCAGAAUCUUGUGUUGCGGUUUGCAUCCGGAUCACCUGGGGUGAUUACAGCAUCAUGCACUGCAGACGUCAAGGGCCGUACCAUUCUUCCUCGACCUGCAAGAAGGUUAGUGGUGAUGAAGUAAGUCUGGCUAAGAAUGGAAAACUCUGGUUAUGGCCGUUUUUAUUUAAGGGAGAAGGUACUUAAGUGAAGUCAUGCGUCGUACUUCACAUAGGCUGAAUGAAAUUCAAAAAUCAACUUAGACGGGAAAAUUAGAUGCUCUCGACGAUCUUAAUUCCGGCCAAACUUAAUUCAUUUCCUGUAGCUUCAGUGAACCUUGAAACUACAAUAAUACUGUGUUUAAAACGUGGUUAAGCGUGCUGUAUAAAUCGAAGCCACUUCGGUGCCGUUAAUACCGGCUAAACCAGACGUCAAAAACAUCGAAGCCACUCUGAAUUUAUUCAGCCGUUUCGAAUUAGUGCAAUCCCGGCCUUUGCAUGAAUAUAGUUCCCUGAAUUCGAUUCUGCUCUUUUGAGGCUCGGCAUCUGAAACUAGCCUUUUUAAGUGUGAAAUAUGAAUCCGUAUCUGAUGUCCCUGAUGUCGUUCUUUUCUCCUGUAGCGGAGUAGAGGUUGUAGACAUCGUAGCGGAGGACCUAUACAGCAACAUCGCCGAUAUCUCGAUCGAAGUAAGCGUUACAAUUCAACCGUCAGGGCCUGUGCCCAAGGACGUGGUCCUUCCUGCUUUGGAGAACAACCCGGUCCGAAUCGCUCUCAGCCACGGUAUGGCUAGGUUACCGAGGCUUGCUCUCUGCAGUCGUGUUGGUAAUCAUAUUGGGGAUUAUCUGUUGGUGUUCUCCGCCCCUGGUGUUCAAUCACAGUCUGUAAAGUUUGCGUUUAGUACAGGUAGGUUCUUUUUUGUCUUGUUUAGGUGGAAGGAGUUCAAUUUGAGAAACGCCAAUCAGUUUGUGGAAGCAUAUGCAACAUUUUCUUUUGUCCGACCGCGCUGAGGCAACGUGCAAUGAACACCAUGUUAUUUUGAACUUGCUGCCAAAUCCUUGACGUUAUUUCUUAGUAAUAGUAAUGGUUGUGAUGAUGGUAACGAUAACGAUGAUGAUAAUGAUAACAGUCUUGUUAAUUUUGAUGGCAAUGAUAACGAGAAUAAUGUUAAUAGUAAUUUUAAUGGUGGUAAUAUUGGUUUGGAUUCUAAUAAUGGAGGUAUUUUCAUCUGAGUGUAGAAAGUAAUCCGUCCGGGACUGCGUUUGGUUGGUCCAGAAAACUUAUGCUACCAUCUCAAAGGGUUUUGUGAUGUGAAAACUUAAGCUAAACUAAAGCUUAUCAAACCUGUCUGGGUUUUUUUUUUCAAUUUCACAGUUAUGUUAACUCAACGAUGAGCUUUCUAUUACAGAUGAACACAUUCAGCGCAUACAGAACGAGUUGCAGCCACUGAAACGGCAGAUCACAGAUAACGAGCAUAAGGUUACAGAAGCUAAACGAAGGUUGACUCGGUGCCACUCGGAAGUGGCGACGGCACUCACCCCUGUUCAAAGUGCGUUCCGAGGAGAACCGAGGAGAAGAGACGUGGAAACUCUGCUUCAGACCAGCAGACAUGAACUAAAUCAGUUUGAAGCGCAUCAGGCUAAUACAAGACCAGCCAUCAUGCAGCAUGGGCAUCCUCCGGCGAGGAUUCGUCAAUACAUUAAAGGUUUGUCCAUAUUUCGGAUGAGGAGAUAGGGUUGGGGGAGGGGGCGUAACCUACAUCUCUGCGCGUUGGACUGGACGGGAUAGUUCAAGGUUGAGGAGUUCAGAGUUCAGGACAGACUAGCAUCCCUCUUAUCCAGGAUAAUUAUGUUCAAGUUCUUUGACCCUAGAAGUGACUGGAAGCUAAUCUCUCCUAACAUGUUCACUGCUGAAUCAAACGUUAAAGUGACGAGAGUAUAGGAAAUGAUCACCAACUAAAGCUCUUGAUUGUUACACUUAUUCUCCUUUUCAGCACUCUAGGGCAUGUAUAGAGAACAGUAUAGAGAAUAUGCACUCUGAUGAUAAAAUUUAAUGAAUUAAUUUUUUUCCACCCCUAGCCAUCCUGGUUUUUCUAUGUAUUUGAUUUCUUCCCUUAUAAGAUUUCAAUCUUACUUAAUUACUACUUUACUUUGGAGGACGUAACUAAGUUAAAGGAAGUUUUGCGCUGCUUAAAAAUGGGUGGUGAAAUUCAGAGCAGUGAAGGAGGUUGCAGUCUUUUGGCAGCUUUUUGCGGAAAAUUGGUGCAUUGAUCGAUCGAUCAGUUAUCGGUUUAGUUACUGUUUUUCUUAUUUUGUAACGUCACGUUGGAGCGACAAGGGAAUCUUGGAAGUUGAACAUUGUUCGGAGACGAUUACGAUAUAUAGAUUAAGACGAGCCAUUGGUGUCAAAAUUACUUCGCCGAUGUUUUUGCUGGGUGAUUGUUGAUAAAUUGAUUUAUCGAUUCAUUCUAUUAGGUGUUGUCGCUGAGCUUGCGUUUGUCUCUGACCCGUUACUUGCUCGCAUCCUCUCGUGGUACCUUCAGUCUAAAAUGUCAGUCACACUCACUUGCACCACAGAGCAGCAACGGAAAGUCUACGACGCAGGGUGUCCGGCUUAUUGUGAAGCCACAUUAUUGCCUUUCACAAAGAGAGACUUUGAUGGAAGUGAUGGCAAACGUCUUCCUCUUGAGCUUCCAUCCCCGCCUUCUAACUAUCGUAGCCCCAUUGAAUUCGCAGUAAAUCUUCUUGAGUUUACCAGCGACAAUGGUUACCUUCGCUCGACCCUGUUCUGGAACCUUCUGUCGAAGACAAUAGUUGUCAAAGACCUUAAAUCUGGCCAGGCGUACCGGGAACAUGUCACCAGAAUGAGGCAAUCAUGCCCCACGAUUUUGACACGUGAUGGGAACAUGAUCGCCUCCGACGGCUUGAUGGAUCCGAAGAGAUGCUGUCCGCAGAAGUUAGAAGAUUUGAAAUUUGCGUUCGGGGCGUUACCCGCUAGGGAGACGAAGCAUUACAGGGAUCUGAAGGAGAGAUGUGAGGCGCUCGAAAGGCUUAAUGCAACGGUGGUAAAAUACGAGCGGGAAAUGACAGAUGUCCGCGCUAAAGAAGAGCAGCUGAAUAAUGCCAAAAAGAGUUUAACGCCUCGUAUAAACGAUCUUGAAAGAGAACUUAAAAAACUGAGAACUCUUGAAAAAGAAAGGGACAACAGUGAACCGUCUGAAAAACGGAGGAAAAGAUAACCAUAGAGUUAUUAUUUCUCGCUAUUGCUUAAAACAUUUCUUGGUAAGCUUAGUGAUACAGUUGAAGGACAGAUUGUCCAUCGUUUUUACUCGUCUCUGUGUAGUCUGUCGGUUGUAUUUGGUGCAGUUUUUAUGUCGGAAUCUGGUGCCCUUACUCUUUUUUCAUGUCUACCUUGGUUUACAGUGCACCGUUUUAGAGAAAUCUUCAUACAGUGACAAAUCUGUGAAGCGUGUGUUGAUAUGCGGUAGAAUCUUAAGUGUUUUUGGUAUUUUGGUAUUUCUACGGCUUCGUUCUUUUUAGCAAAGAGUUUCUAAAGUUUAUUUGUCAUUUUAGACAUAUUUUUACUGCCGGAACAAAAUUUGUCAUAAGAUUUUUAAUUGUUUGUGAUCAGUUACGGAGGAUACGUAAAUGUUCAUUGUAUAAAUCAAGAAAAUGCUGAAGUCGGAGAAGAGUACACAUUGAUUUCUUCGUGAGGCCGACUGCUUAAAUCGUUUUAGUUUUACUUUUUUCACAUGAUUUAGCCUUGGGUUGCAUGCUUUUUGUGCAACCAAGUUGAUACGGUUUAGAUUUGCCUCGUUAUGUUGGUGUGUUAAUCAAGUUAGCUUGCAAAAAAAGUUUCAUCUCGUAAUAACCUGCGCCCAACGUCGACAAGUUUGGCAAAGUCAACCGCACCCAGUUCCAAAAGUUUACCCUACGGUCUUUGACGUAGGAUUUAUCCAUUCAUCGUUUCUCUAAGAAUUUAUUUUAAUGUAAUGAUUCGAGUAAGUUAAUUUAUUUUUAUUCCAUUGAAGUAUUAUUUAAAAGUACGAAAUUAUUGUUAGGUUUUAUUUAUUAAAGAGUUCAAAUUUCCAGAAGGCACUAUUAUUAUUCGAAUUGAAAGUGAAACUGUCCAUUCUUUGUAUUUGCGCUAAAAUAGUUUUACAGGUAUUGUCGGUGCAAUCUGUUUUUCCAAUCCUUUUUGCAGAUUUGUAAAGACUUUGUUUGUUUUUUUUGGUAUACUUUGUGCUUAGUAAUUAAUUGUUAUUAUUAAAACAAUAAAUGAAAAUACUAAGAAUAAAAAGCCAAGACAAUUCGCAGGUCUGCGAAACGAGCAACGACUUUGUUACCAACGCGAUUUGAUCGCGUUUUGCGGUUGGAGCGGCCUUGUUUGGUUUCAGCCAUUUGACUGUAUUUAGAAAUAGAUGUAUUUUACCCUUUUGACAGGUUGACUGAAUACAUAAUUUUUCCCAUAUUCAGAAGAUUACAUUGACAUCUCCAUUUUUCUUAAAGAGUUUUACAAG